AUGGGCGAGAAGAAGAGCGCCGCCGCGCACGUGGCCGCGUUGGUGAGCGCGAUCGAGACGAGAAAAUACGACGCGACGCGCACCGUCCCGCGCUCUUGCUCCCACGCGCUCGCGACGCGGUGCAGCGCCAGCGUCAAGAGCGCCGCGCUCAAGAGCCCGGGGACGUACAAGAUGGAGAGGAACAGACGCCAGAAUUGCAUCCGGCGGAGGAUGUCGUGCGGCGACGCGCAGACGAGAUCGUCGAACCCGAACGGAUUCAGGAGGACGCUGACCCAGACCGCGGCGAUGAGGUGCCGCGUGAACGCCGGCGUCGCGUUGAAGCGCUCUUGGAGCUGCGUCGCGAGCGUCAUCGGGGGUGCGCGUACUGUAUGGAUGGGGGUGAACGCCGGCGGCGACGACGCGACGCCGCGCGCGAGGGGUAUCUCGUGCUUCGAAUGGGAUUCCAGUCGCACUCGAUCGAUCAGAUGCUGUCAAUCAUCAUCAAGUUUCGUCUCGCCGCCGCUCCUCGUGAGACCGGGGCGCACGCGGGUGGCACGGCGACGCGCGCGCGAUGCGUCCGCUCGUCGUGGACGCGCUGAACAUCCUGACGUACUUCCUCCCCUUGGACCUUCGAGGGGAGUGCGACCCGUGGGCGAUGAUGCGCGCGAUGAAAGCGCGCGUGGACGCGUUCCUUCGCGCGUGCGAGAACGCCGAGAUCGCCCCGCACUUCGUCAUCGACGCGGGGUGGCAGAGCGACGAAGCGGCGGCGAAGUGGACGAAGCGACGCGAGGCGGAGUCCGCAGACACGAGCGCAGGAUACCCCUCAGCGCGGACACGUUCCUCGCCGACUUUCUCCGCGCGGCGAACGCGCCGGUGUACAUGGUGGACGGGAAAGACGGCGACGACGUCGCCGCGAGGCUCGCGCACGAGCUCGGCCCGGACAGCCUCGUGCUGAGCGCGGACCGCGACAUGUUUCGAUACGAAUCGUUCCUCACGAACGCGCGCGAGAGGGUCAAGGCGGACUUCGCGUACGUCGCGGUGCCCCGGGGGAAGAGUCGCGCGGGCGCGAGCGGCGGCGGCGGCGGCGGCGGGGGGGGCGGACGCGCGUCCGGCGGCGGCGGCGCGUCUUACGCCAUCGCGUUCUACUCCGCGCCGCCGGAGAACCAGGUCGUCAAGCCCGGGUGCGAGCCGCGGGGGUUGUCGGACACGCCAGAGUACGCGCCGGAGGAGUGGCGGCGGCGGCGGUGUAAGAUCAGAGCCGCGCUGGACGCGAUGGAGACGGAAGAGAGGGAGGGCGGCGGCGGCGGCGGCGGCGGCGGCGACGGCGACGGCGUCGGACCGCGACCGCCGCGAGGGUACGUGCGAGGCGCGUGCUCGCCCGAGACGCGGCGGCACGGCAACCUCCACGGCAUCGCGCGCGCGCUUCGCGUCGCGACGUAUCGACGUCUGGGAACCACCGCGAGGGCGGUGUACGAGCGAUAUCCGGAGUGGUGCGCGGAGGCGGACGGCGUGCGGUGGGAGAGCGGUCGCGUGCUCUUGUCCGACGCGGAAUCGGACGACGCGGAAUCGUCGGAGACGUUCGACGCGUUACGCUCCCCGCGCGCGGCGCUGGAGUGGCUGACGAGGAAGGACCCCGCGGUCGCGGCGGGUCGCGGCGGCGACGACACGAUGCGCGGGUUCUCGAGGUACGCGCUCGUCGCGGAGCUGUUCGCCGCGAUCGAUCACGACGCCGACGCCGACGCCGACGCCGACGCCGACGCCGACGCCGACGGGAAAAAAAAUGGCGGCGUGCUCGGAAAGCUUCGAGAGAUGUGCGGCGGUCGACUCGACGCCGCGAACGAGAGCGCGCGCGCCGCGCUCGAGAUGGGCGCGUACGUCGCGAAGCUCGAGCUGAGGUGCGUCGAGCGCGGGUGCGGCGCGGCGU